UGUCAAAACGAUUUUGAACGCGCCAGCGAACGGUUGUGUUGAACGGAAAGAAAUCAAAGAAGUUCAAGAAAAACAAGAAGACGAAUAAGAAGUUGAAGAGGAGCAGAAAAGUGUAAUACGCAAAAGCAAACAAAAGUGCAACUUUUUUUUAAAGAAAAACAUUUUUAAAAACUGUGACUUUUAAACCGGUUGUUAAAUGCGCGCUGCUACUGCAACAAUCAACUGUAAAACAACAAAAAUAACAACAAUACCUGCAGCAAAGCAACGCCGUCAGCUUGCACAUUCUUUUUCGCUUGCCUGAUACAGGGGAUAACAGCAAAAAAGAGGAGCAAACAAAUAAAAGAGAGUUUAAAUACUCAAUUUAACCGUUAAGUUGGGAUCGAUACACAAAAUACCAGCGACAACAAUAACAAAACCAACACUAAACAUGGCCCUCUCCAUUGUAAGCCGCAGUCUAUUGCGUACUUCGAGAGAAAUCCUGGAACGCAAUAUGGCCGCAACGGUGGGCGCACUGCAGCAGCAGCAGCACCAGCCCCUUUCCACCUUUCCAACAAGCGAUUGCAACAACAAUCGCAUGGUGUCUGGUUCAGCACAUGGUGCAUGGAGUCUUGUCUACCGUCCAGCAACAGCACUGCAGAAUGUGCGCCUAUAUUCAAAGAAAGCUGCUGGAGCAGCCACUAUGCGCCGCCAGGACAGCGACUCGGAUUCCGAUUCGGAUGACGAGUUCGAGCGACGUCGCAGAAAUGCCAAUGUGAAGCAUAGCGAACGGGGCGAUUCUGAGUUCUGGCGCCGCAAAAUGCGCACCCUGCAUCGCAUCAUGGAUGUCAAUCACGAUGGCGUCAUCUCGUACGAUGAUUUUAAGCUGUUGGCGAAACGCUUCAGCGAUUUGGGCCAUUUGUCAGACGAGAUGGCCGAAGAAUUCAACGAGGUGAUCAAACAGACUUGGGAGGAGCAAUUCGGCGAGAUAACCCCAUAUAAUCUAGUGACUGCCGAGCAGUUCCUAACCGAUUUGCAUCAUCGACUGAACGACAAGAAAAUGGCUAAGCGCAUUGGUCGCUUUUUGCCCUAUUUGUUUAAGGCCGUUGACUUCGAUCACACUGGCCAUUUGGAUCUCGAACAAUAUAAGCUCUUCUUCCGCUGUCUGGGACUAUCUGAAGAGGAUGCUGCCAUUUCAUUCGCUGUGAUAGACAAGAAUGGCGAUGGCCAGGUGUCGCUCAAGGAGUUUGUACACUUGGGUCGUCAAUUCUUUUUAACCGAAGAUGAAACCAAAAUAUCGAAAAUGUUCUGGGGCCCGCUGAUUGCUGAUCAUUGACGCGUUGCAGUCACUGCUGUAGAUCAACA